AUGGACGCUGCUAGUGUGAGAGUACAAGCCUCUACGAUAAAGGACUUUGGAGGACGCGUUGUUAGAGUUGUUGGAAGCGUCGAGAAUAUCGAUUUCGGCUCGAGCACAGCUACUUUAAAUGCUGGAGGUCCAAUCCAGGUGACUGUGAACGCGAACGAUGGUCUAGAAGUUGGCAAAAUCUACGAGGUCAUUGGGAAAGUGGGUGCUUCUGACUACAAGGUCAAUGCCUACUCCGUGACGCGUUUCUCCGAUAAUACGAAUUUGGAAUUGCACAACAAGCUUGCUGCCCUUGUUCCCAAGGUGCCUGAGCUCUUCUACUAA